AUACCCACUUCCCAUGUUGCAAACCUAUACCACAGCCUCAUGCACUGAAAAAAUAUCAUUUACAAGCUUUCAAGCUACAAACAUGGUCCGCCUGUUCUGGUGUUCUGUCCUUCUCUUCAGCCUUCCAGUAACAGAGAGCAUGGAGAAGGAUGAAGGCUGCUCAUCGAAGCCAGUCGAGGAGGUCUGGCAAAACACAGGACAAAGCGUUGUUCUUUGGUGUAACAUAAAACCACACUGUCUCACCGGAGGCCAGAGCUACGAGUGGUUCUCUUUCAGAGAACACUCACAUGGUCGUCUAAUCCCGCAGCCUCCGAAGUACAGCCUGGAAGGAGAGUCUUUACACAUCAAGUUCCUUCAUACUAAUGACAGCGGGAUCUACUACUGUGCUGCAGGGGUGCAGGGCAAACCGUAUGUGGCGCUGGGUACAACCCUGGUGGUGAGAGGUACGAAAAAAUAUAUGGUGAGGAAUAUUCUCCUGUGGUUUUCAUUUGUCCUCCUGGCCUUCUACAGCUUGGCACUAGUGACACUUAUAAUCAAGAAGUACGGCUGCAGAAUGGGCGUCAGCCGAAGGAUCACCAAAACUCAGAAGAACAACUCAACUAAAAAAAGACAAUUCCGUGACGUACUGCAAGAAAUAAACAGCAGGAACAACUUGAAGAGGAACAAACGAGCCGCGGAUCACAACGGCUCACCUGAUGACAUCUAUCAAAAUAUCUGAGUUGUCAUUUACUGAUGUUAAAAAAUAGAUUUGGACCGCCGUCAUCUGACUGAGAGGUUACACAAAAGUCAUGAAACAAAAGGAGGAAAUGACAUCAUCAACCAAGGCCACAGGGAGUUAUGUCUUCAUGAAGCCGGACACAAGAACCACAGACUGAAGGUCCUGACUCACUGAACCUUUUCUCUCAAGUUUAAGCAGUGAUAGAGGGACAGUUGUCUCUAAUGGGAUUUGUAGUUUUAAAUAUGUCCUGUUGAUUAUUUUGACCAUGAGAGCACCUUUACGAAUGUCCUUCUUUUUAAUACCAGGCCAUAUGUCAAAGAGAAAGUCGCUUGAUGGACAAAUACUGUGUACACAUGUUCUUUAGGAAACAGAAAGUAGAAGACAGCAGAGUUAAGGCACACACUGAUCAUGUUUCAACAAAUGAAAGUGGUAAGAAAAUGUAUAAAAGUGCACUUAAAACUGUUAGCAGACACACAAAUCCUCAUUUGAUAACAGAUCAUGACAUGAUAUCAAGAUCAUCUAAUUUAUCGAUCAAUACCAAGCGGUCAGCCUGGGUUUGAAUCCCACCUGUGGCUCCUUUCCUGCAUGUCAUUCCCCACUCUCUCUCUCUCUAGUUCUGACUCUUUCCACUGUCCUAUCUCUAAAAAAAAAGAGACCUUUAAAAAAAGAAACAAACCUGUAAACAUGUAAAAAAAAAAAAAGAAUCCUGGGCAUGGAUGUGAACAAAUACACUUUUAAUCAAAAACUUUGGUAACCAAAGGCACAGUACAAAUGUUUUCACCACUACUUACAUUGGACAAUGUUUCAUUUACAGAGAUAAGGCAGUUUUGUUUUGUUGGAGUGUCUUUUCUCACCUAUUUACAAAAUAUGUAGAGUAAGGCUUUUUUCAAACUCUGAUUUGUUUGUGAGGCAUCCCGAUGUUCAAUUCUGUUAAGAAAUGAUUUCCAUGUGUAUUUGCUAAAAGGCACACAAGCAUAAUCUGUAAACUUUUUAAUCAAAGUCAAAGAGGAUGUUGUUUUUGUUAUGCCGGCUCUCAAACAUCCUCAGCUGAGAAUUUGUUCUCUUCUCCUCCGUUACGCUCCAAAUGUAAACGAUGUAUAUGUAAUGUAAUGUAAGAGAAAUCCUCUCUGAGCUUGAAUGUUGAAAACAAUGUUUCACUGAACAUUUCAGCUCAAAGUCAGUACAUAUGUUAUUGCAGUUCAUAGCACCAUGUUGAAUUCCUGCACUGUUGAGCAUGUAUGGAGUUAAAGCUACACUUUGUUAUUUUUAUGUAAGUAGGUAUUGCAAAGAUGACUGCAGCCACUUCUUAAAGAUGCCUGAUGUCACUUGUUUGUAGCCGUCUUGUUUUCUUUUGUGUAUGAUAAAGGCAACAAUAAUAUCAGAAAACAUUUUGAUAUCAAAGUGAAAAUAAAUCAAGUCAAAUAAG